AUGUGAUAAUUUCAGAUUUAACCCCCCUCCAAUCAUGGCUAGCAAAAGCUCUGACAUAAAAGUUAGUAAGAAAAGAAAAAGGGCUAGCAAUAAUGAUGCUGCAGAUCCUGUUCCAACCAAUAAUAAACUGGCCUUCCAUCAAAUGGGUAUUGAUGACAGAAUUCUCAUGGGCAUUGCUGAAAUGGGUUGGAAAGAACCCACUCUCAUUCAAGAAAGAGCUAUUCCGCUCAUGUUGACCGGCAAGAGCAUCAUGGCGCAGGCUAGGACCGGGUCUGGGAAAACGGCCGCUUUUUUGGUGCCUCUCAUGCACAGGAUGCUCUUCAGUAAGAACACAGCCACUUCUCAGUGCACAAGGAUGCUGGUGUUGGCUCCCAGCAAGGAGCUGUGUCAACAGAUCAGCAACAUGGCUGCCCAAUUAGCCAUAGGCUGUAGUCGUGAGCUGCGGGUGCUUGACCUGUCUCCGCAGCUUCCUGUGGAGCACCAGCGCCCACUCCUGGCAGAGCUUCCUGACAUGGUUGUGGGGCCUCCUCGUCGUGUGUUGGCCCACGUUCAGGCGAAGUCUCUCUCUCUCGACAACAUCGACAGCAUCGUGAUUGACGAGGCCGAUCUCAUGACAGCUUAUCAACACAGUGACUCCCUCAAACAAAUCUGGAGCCAAGUGCCCAGUGUGUGCCAGUUCUUCAUCACGAGCGCCACACUGUCGAGCAGCUUAUUGAACAUCAACAGCUUGCUCUUCGCGGACGAGCAAAACAGACUUCGCAACACAGUCGUCUUGAGGCUCAAAGAGCCUCCUCUGCCUCCUGCGUCUCAUCUUGGACAAUACGUUAUCAAAAUCGAGGAAUUUCAGAAGAUGCUGGUCCUGUUUUAUUUGUUUAAAUUGAAGAAAAUAAUGGGCAAGACUAUUGUUUUUGUGAACUCAAUCAACAAAGGCUACAAGCUUCGUAUGGUGCUGGGUCAGUUCGGCAUCGCGUCUUGCCUGUUGAACAGUGAGCUUCCCUGGGCUUCACGCUGUGAUAUCAUCUCUCAGUUCAACGCCGGUCACUACGACAUCAUCAUAGCUACCGACGACGCUGCUGCACUCGGCAAAAAACCUAAAAAUAAUGUCAAUCUCAAAGGCAUGGAAAGUGACGUCGAGUCUGGUACGUCCCGAGGCCUGGACUUCCAAUCGGCGAGCAACAUCAUCAACUUCGACUUCCCUCCCGACGUGACUUCGUACAUCCACCGCGUGGGGCGCACGGCGCGAGGCACGUGUGAGGGCACGGCCGUGUCGAUGGUGUCCGUGGAUGAGCACAACACUUAUCUCAAGGUAGCCGCGUGUCUCAGCAACAUGAUGAACCCCGUCGCCCGGCACAAGAAAUCAACGAGAACAAACUCUGAUGGCGUCUUCCAGGCCUACGAUCUCGACAUGUCGCUGCUUGAGGAUUUCGAGUACCGCUUACAGGACGUGUGGCACUCGUGCACUGACGGGCUGGUGCGACAGGCGCGUCGUAAGGAGAUCGCCUCUCAGCUCCUCAACUCCAAGAAGCUUCUCGCGUACUUCCAGGACAACCCCGGCGACAUGAAGCUCCUCAGACACGACAAGCGCGACCACGGCCUAAAAACUCAGAGCCACUUACGGAACAUGCCGAGCUACAUGUUAGCGGGCAAGCAGGGGGGCGGGGAUGGGGGCAUCAAGAGACAAGCCGAUCAAGGCAGGCCGACCACCGCGGCCUCUGCCUCCAAAAAACGUCCAUUCAAGAAGAAAAAAAUCAACGACCCAAUAGCUGGAGCCACUGCCACGCAAAAAAGAUUCAUGGCUAAGAAACUAGACCCGCUUCGCAGCAUGGAAUUCAAGGGCUUCUGACAUCGACACGAACUGGAAUAAAUUUUGAUGUAUC